AUCACGCAACAAACAUUAGUUUGCAAUUGAACAUCGACAUGGACUGCAGGACUUUGUCAGCGUUUGUGCUUUUUAUGUCAUUAGUAUAUGUAAAGGGUCUAUCUGUGGUCACGGGCAACGAUAACCAAACCUUGACCAGUAUGGAAGAAUUAAGAGUCGAUGCCAAAAAUACAGACGUGUUCCGACAACUGCUUAACCAAGAAACUCUUAUUCGAAUUUCUUUGGUGAAAAACGUCCAUGCAUUGAUGAAGGAUAUGGUGGACAUGAAGCAAGUUAUAAUCUCCUUGCAGGAGUCUCAAAAAGAAAGCUCAUCUUUGAUAUCGGAUCUAAGAACAGAAGUUGCUUCGCUAAAAGAACAAAACAAGAAAUUAAACAAUGACAUUAUCAGCUUAAAAGAAAACGCCGGAAUUGUCCAAGAAAAUUUGACAGAAUUAUUCGAGAUUCAGCGAACUGUAGACAGAAAUAUGGAGGUGAAAAGACAGACAUUUGAAUCAAAUAUUACCACUGUUUUAGGAGAUAUGAAAACUGAGGUUCGUUAUCUAUCUGUCACUUUGUUGGAUUUGAACAAACACACACUUGAAAUGGACAAAACCUUGACCAAAGCCAUAGAGGAGAAAACUGCUAAAGAUUAUGAGAAAUUGAAUGAAUCUAUCACCAAUCUGAAUGCAGAUUUGAUGACUACAAAUGGAAGAAUCAUGGCGACAGAUGACAUAAACAGAACAAUAAAUGCCUUAAGAACUGAUGUCAUGCAGUCAAAGAUGGAGAAUCUUAAGCUUUCUUCUGCUGUGUCUUCUCUUGAGGUAUUCCGAAUGAAUAUGACAAACAAUCAUUGUGAUUUGAAGAAAAAAGUAGGAUUUACUGUUGGAAUGCCUUCGUCAUCCUCUUCCUGGUCCAGUGAUGUACUGGUCUUCUCAAAAGUGAUCACCAACAGUGGAGGAGGUUAUAAUGCGAACACCGGGAUCUUCACGGCUCCUGUCGCGGGGAUGUACCAAUUUUUUGUAACCGUAAUUAGUUAUGGUUCUCAAGAUAUAUACCUGUAUAUCGCAGUAAAUGGAAACACCAAGGUGACAGCGGCUGCUGAAGCCAAAAGUUCCUCGACUUAUCAAACAGGGACCAAUAUGUUACUGGUAAAUCUCAAUCAAGGCGAUACAGUGUGGAUUAAACGAUACACUGGCACUGGAUACUAUUCGGACAAUACACCAAUCACUACUUUCUCUGGUGUUCUUUUGUAAUUGUCUUUAAAUAAUUUUUAUACAUUGUACAUUUUUCUUAUAAUAGUUGAUUUGUGUACCCAUACAUGUAUAAAUGUAUAUAAGUUAUGAGGGAAUAGUCUUUUUUGCUUGCGGGAAAAAAGGUUUCUAAUAAUAUUCUUCAUAUUUCUUUAUCAACUAUUGUAAAAUUUUCCUUUUUAUAAUAAAACU